GCGUCCAGGGGGUGAGAGUCAGCUGAGCUGCAGGGGCGAGGUUGGAGCUCCUGUGCUCCGCUAUAGGCAGUGGGAAAUCUCUUGCGGGUGGCAGUGGAGUGCAGGACUUAGCCAGAUUUAAGGGGAGGGGUCCCCAGUCUUCUCGCUCUAUUAGACGUGAGCGAGAAAAGCUUCAGGAUUUUAAAGAGGAGUCAGCGGCGGACUACCAGGAUCUGUCAGAUCCCAGUAGAGGCUGGAGAGUCGCAGGUUCCAAUCCGGGGCGACAGGGAUCCCUGAGGGGAGCCCUGUUGUAAUCUUUAGGCCCGCGACGGAGAGUCCAGAGGCUGGGCACCAUGGCGUCCAUCCUGGAUGAAUAUGAGGACUCCUUGUCCCGUUCGGCCGUCUUGCAGCCCGGCUGCCCCAGUGUGGGCAUUCCCCACUCGGGAUAUGUGAAUGCCCAGCUAGAGAAGGAAGUGCCCAUCUUCACGAAGCAGCGCAUUGACUUUACCCCUUCCGAGCGUAUCACAAGUCUUGUUGUCUCCUGCAAUCAGCUCUGCAUGAGCCUGGGCAAAGAUACACUGCUCCGCAUCGACUUGGGCAAGGCAAAUGAACCCAACCAAGUGGAGCUGGGACGCAAGGAUGAUACCAAAGUUCACAAGAUGUUCCUGGACCAUACUGGUUCUCACCUGCUGAUUGCUCUGAGCAGCACUGAGGUCCUCUACGUGAACCGUAAUGGACAGAAAGUACGGCCAUUGGCACGCUGGAAGGGGCAGCUGGUGGAGAGUGUAGGCUGGAACAAGGCACUGGGCACUGAGAGCAGCACAGGCCCCAUCCUGGUUGGUACUGCCCAAGGCCAGAUCUUAGAAGCAGAGCUCUCAGCCAGUGAGGGGGGCCUUUUUGGCCCUGCCCCGGAUCUCUACUUCCGUCCAUUGUAUGUGCUAAAUGAAGAAGGAGGUCCAGCACCUGUUUGUUCCCUGGAGGCUGAGAGGGGCCCUGAUGGGCGCAUCUUUGUUAUCGCCACUACUCGGCAGCGCCUCUUCCAGUUCAUAGGACGAGCAGCAGAGGGAGCUGAGGCCCAGGGCUUCUUAGGGCUCUUUGCUGUCUACACUGACCACCCACCCCCAUUCCGUGAGUUCCCCAGCAGUCUGGGCUACAGUGAAUUGGCCUUCUAUACCCCCAAAUUGCGCUCUGCUCCACGGGCCUUCGCCUGGAUGAUGGGUGAUGGGGUGUUAUAUGGAGCAUUGGAUAACGGGCGUCCUGACUCCCUGCUGAGUGAAGAGCAUGUCUGGGAGUACCCAGAAGGGGUAGGUCCUGGGGCCAGCCCACCCCUGGCCAUUGUCCUGACCCAGUUCCACUUCUUGCUGCUGCUGGCGGACCGAGUGGAGGCGGUGUGCACUCUGACUGGGCAGGUGGUGCUGCGGGAUCACUUCCUGGAGAAGUUUGGGCCACUGAAACACAUGGUGAAGGACUCCUCCACGGGCCACCUGUGGGCCUACACCGAGCGGGCUGUCUUCCGCUACCAUGUGCAACGGGAAGCCCGGGAUGUCUGGCGCACCUAUCUAGACAUGAACCGCUUCGACCUGGCCAAAGAGUAUUGUCGAGAGCGGCCCGACUGCCUAGACACAGUCCUGGUCCGAGAGGCGGAUUUCUGCUUUCGCCAGCGUCGUUACCUGGAGAGCGCCCGCUGCUAUGCCCUGACCCAGAGCUACUUUGAGGAGAUUGCCCUCAAGUUCUUGGAGGCCCGACAGGAGGAAGCUCUGGCUGAGUUCCUGCAGCGGAAACUGGCCAGUUUGAAGCCAGCUGAGCGUACCCAGGCCACGCUGCUGACCACCUGGCUGACGGAGCUCUACCUGAGCCGACUCGGGGCUCUGCAGGGUGACCCAGAGGCCCUGAACCUCUACCGGGAAACACGGGAGCGUUUCCGUACCUUCCUCAGCAGCCCCCGACAUAAGGAGUGGCUCUUUGCCAGCCGGGCCUCCAUCCAUGAGCUACUUGCCAGUCAUGGGGACACAGAACACAUGGUGUACUUUGCUGUGAUCAUGCAGGACUAUGAGCGGGUGGUGGCAUACCACUGCCAGCAUGAGGCCUACGAAGAGGCCUUGGCCGUGCUUGCCCGCCACCGGGACCCCCAGCUCUUCUAUAAGUUUUCACCCAUCCUCAUCCGUCACAUCCCCCGCCAGCUGGUGGACGCCUGGAUUGAGCUGGGCAGCCGGCUGGACGCUCGGCAGCUUAUUCCUGCCCUGGUGAACUAUAGCCAGGGUGGCGAGGCCCAGCAGGUGAGCCAGGCCAUCCGCUACAUGGAGUUCUGCGUGAAUGUGCUGGGCGAGACUGAACAGGCCAUUCACAAUUACCUGCUGUCACUUUAUGCCCGAGGCCAGCCAGCCUCACUACUGGCCUACCUUGAGCAGGCCGGGGCCAGCCCGCACCGAGUGCAUUAUGACCUGAAGUAUGCACUGCGGCUCUGCGCUGAGCAUGGCCACCACCGUGCUUGUGUCCAUGUCUACAAGGUCCUGGAGCUGUAUGAGGAGGCUGUAGACCUGGCCCUGCAGGUGGAUGUGGACCUGGCCAAGCAGUGUGCUGACUUACCUGAGGAAGAUGAGGAAUUGCGCAAGAAGCUAUGGCUGAAGAUCGCACGGCACGUAGUGCAGGAGGAAGAAGAUGUGCAGACAGCCAUGGCCUGCCUGGCCAGCUGCCCCCUGCUCAAGAUUGAGGAUGUGCUGCCCUUCUUUCCUGACUUCGUUACCAUUGACCACUUUAAGGAGGCUAUCUGCAGCUCCCUGAAGGCCUACAACCACCACAUCCAGGAGCUACAGCGGGAAAUGGAAGAGGCCACAGCCAGUGCCCAGCGCAUCCGGCGAGACCUACAGGAGCUGCGGGGCCGCUAUGGUACUGUGGAGCCCCAGGACAAAUGUGCCACCUGUGACUUCCCCCUGCUCAACCGCCCCUUUUACCUCUUCCUCUGUGGCCACAUGUUCCAUGCUGACUGCCUGCUGCAGGCCGUGCGGCCUGGCCUGCCAGCCUAUAAACAGGCCCGGUUGGAGGAGCUGCAGCGAAAGCUGGGGGCUGCUCCACCCCCUACCAAGGGCUCUGCUCGAGCAAAGGAGGCUGAGGGCGGGGCUGCCGCUGCGGGGCCCAGCCGGGAACAGCUCAAAGCUGACCUAGACGAACUGGUGGCUGCUGAGUGCGUGUACUGUGGGGAGCUGAUGAUCCGCUCAAUUGACCGGCCAUUCAUCGACCCCCAGCGCUAUGAAGAAGAGCACCUCAGUUGGCUGUAGGAGGUGUCACCCCGAUGGGUGGGCAGGCAGUUGGGAGUAGCUACUUGCUUCUUCUUGGGAAGGCCACACUAGUGUGUGCUCAGUCACCUGGAGACUGCAGGGCUAUGACUGUGUUGAGAGGAGUAGAAUUAUAGCUGUGUAGCUGUCACCCACGAGGUGUCAACUCUGAGUGCACCUGCUGGCAGCCCAUGUUGUUCUUCAGAGUUGUCUUAGAGCUGCUAUUAUGCCUGGCCAUCAGCCUGCCUCCCAGAAGAGGGCCUUAGCCUGGAGAGGUCACAAUUCUGACCGAAUUCCUCUCUUCCCCUGUGCAUUUAACAGCUCAUUUUUCCUUUUCACUCUCUGUAUAUAUCCAAUUCACCUACUAGAGUGAGAGUUCCAUUCUUCCUUUUCAUUCUGUGCCUCUUCUCUCCCAGGUUCCAGAAGUGAAAAGACAGCCCUUCCAAAUCCUAGGCAUUUGGGGUGGUGCUGAAGGUGGGUGUGCUCUUGGGCACACUGUCUAGGGCUCCUUAUGACGGGUGCCCUGGGCAGAGGGCUUCAUAGAACAGUGAGAACUGAUGGGGUGCAGAGCAUUAAACUGUUCACACUGCAGUGGUGGCUCUGGGAGUUGAUGGCUUUGUGUUGAUGCUAGGCUGAGUGGUGUGUGAGUGAUCUCCAGGAGGGGGUGGGGAUUGCCAGGGCCCUGCAUGCUUUCAAACCUUGGCCCUUGCUCCUUCACCUGAAUGUGUGACAGGAUGAUUUUGCCAUUUUCUGCUCCCUUGUCGCCCUACUCUAUCCUCUCUGACUUGAAGGUUUCAGUUGGAAAUUAUCACCAACCAUCCUGUCUUGGAGCAGGGACUGUUCUUCCCUUUGGCCAGCAGGUGGUGCUGCUCCCCACAUAAUCCUUCACACUCAGGCAGGUGGAGGCACUGAUUUCUCAAGUCAUUUUUUCCAUUAGUAUUUCCUCAGCCUGUUCCUCCCUAUUUGUCCCAAGAAUUUUCUGGGAGCCUCCACUGCAUAACCAUAAUCUAAGCCCUUCAUUCUUCCUCCUUCCACCAGCCCUUACACAGGCUGGAUUGUGCUUGCCUUUCUCUUUGCCAGCCUGGAUCCCUGCUUUUCCAGGUUCUGCCCAGCUUUGAUACUGCCCUACCACUGUCUGGCAUUUAACCAUAAUAUUGAGGUCCAACAUGGAGGUGAAACUGCCACUGCCACCAUCUAUGGCAUUUGGAAGAAAUUUUUUUUUUUCUGUCUAGCUCCUGUGACCUGCUCCUUCCUCCAAAUUAUACUUCUGGGGCCUUCCUGUGACAUCAGCUGAGCACCCUUUGCUCCAUUGACUGGUGUUCACAGUCCACUGCCUGGCCCUAUGGGUGUGGUCUAUCAGCUGCCAGACUGAAAUAAAAUAACAAGUGAA